CCACAAUCCAUCUUUACACCAUCAGCUAAACACACAAACCAUCAUACUUCCAGCCAUUCUUACUACUCGUCACGACAGCAUUUCAAUUGCUGUGAAUACACACUCUUCAUCAUGACGUCGACAGACCCCAAGACCACCGAUGACAAGCCUGUCGAGCAAAAGCCAGAGCAAAAGCCCGCCGCCCUCGGCGAGGACGACGAGUUUGAGGACUUCCCUGUCGAUGACUGGCCCGAGGAUCAGACCGAGGCUGCUAAGGGUAGCGGCGAGACCAAACAUCUCUGGGAAGAGAGCUGGGACGACGACGAUACAAGCGAUGACUUCUCACAACAGCUCAGGGAGGAACUGAAGAAGGUCGAGGCAAAACGCCGAUAGAAUCACGACGACGUACAUACCGCGACAAGCCGGGCAACUCCCGUGCUUUCAUUCCCAUCAACAUCUGAUAACCCAACGACGGGACACCUCGAGAAGUGUCAAAGGGGCGAGGACAAUAUGGCGGCUUAGGAAUAUCCAUCAUUGACGGAAGAAGGUAAAGAUGCUGCGACUGUAUCUGUACGCCAGUGCCGUAGAUGCAUGAUGGCAAGAUGUGGACUGGUCAGACAAGCCCGACCCCGGGUGGGGGAAAGCAGCAAGACAGGGCAACAACUCAUAUAUCAGUCAAAAACGAAUAAUUAUGACGACCUCGAUAA